CAUUUUUUGGGACGAGGAGAUUUAUUGUCGCCAUGUAAUGCAUUUGUUCUUAUUUUCACUGUUUUGUUUAUUACUUACUUACUAUUAUACGCGUUUCUGACGAGAUUCAUUUGACUCAAUUUUGGGUCACUGACUUCCACCAUUCGUAACCCCUAGUUUAAGCAGCCGUGAAUCUGUGAUUCAUUCAGAAAAAGUACUAAAAGUACUGUCAAUUUACGUAUUCUUCUCUCCUUUAUAAUACUGAAAAAACAAUCUCUAAUAAUGGUGAAUGAUCUAUUGUUAAGAGCUGCUCGUGGUGAGCCUGUUGAACGGCUUCCUGUUUGGAUUAUGCGACAAGCCGGCCGAUACCUUCCCGAGUAUCAUAAACUUCGUGCUGAGUCUACCUUUUUCCAAAUGUGUCAGUGUCCUGAAACAGCCUCAGAAUUGACAAUGCAACCUGUUGAUAGGUUUGCCGGUUUGUUGGACGCUGCUAUUAUUUUCAGUGACAUUCUUGUUAUUCCACAAGCAUUGGGAAUGCAUGUAGAGAUGCUUGAGGGAAAAGGACCUCAUUUCCCUACUCCUCUAAAUACACCCGAUGACUUAAAAACACUUCAAAAAAAUCCUAACAUAUCUUCCAUUCUGGGUUAUGUUAUGGAUGCAAUUUCCCUGGCUCGCACCCGGUUAGAAAAUCGUGUACCCCUAUUAGGGUUUUCCGGUGCUCCAUGGACACUUAUGGCGUAUAUGAUUGAAGGUGGAGGUAGUAAGUCUUUUGCAAAAGCCAAGACUUGGUUGUUUCGAUACCAAGAGGCUUCACAUGAAUUGCUGAAGCUUUUGACCAAAACAAUCUCUGUAUACCUGGUCGAACAAGUAAAAGCCGGUGCACAGAUGCUUCAAAUCUUUGACUCUUGGGCUGGCGAACUUUCACCCAGAGAUUUCUUUGAAUUUGCUUACCCCUAUCUUGUUGAGAUUUGUAACACAGUGAAAAAGUCUCUGCGCGAAUGCAGAAUUGAACCGGUCCCAAUGAUUGUUUAUGCGAAGGGAGCUUGGUACGCUUUAGACAAACUUUGUGACUCUGGUUAUGAUGUUGUUGGGCUCGACUGGCUACAAGACCCUGCUGAAGCAGUUCGUAUUCGCGGUAACCGUCGCGUUACAUUUCAAGGAAAUUUGGAUCCCAGUAUUCUUUACGGCAGUCAUGAAACCAUUGAGCAGCGCGUGAAGGAGAUGAUCGAAGCUUUUGGCAAAAAGGAUUACAUUAUUAAUCUCGGCCACGGUAUCACGCCUGCUGUGAAGGUCGAAGAUGUUCGCUUCUUUUUGGAGCAAUGCCAUAAAUAUGGUAGGAACUAACUCACAUUUUCGGCUCAAUAUUUCGCUCUUUUGUGACUCCUUGUAAAUGAAUAGUUUUGGAUUCUUGUACGUUAUAUAGUUGUAAAUUAAGUUCAAGGCAUGCUUUAGUUUCUCUACCAAUCCUUUCUAAACAAAUGCACUUUAUUGCUUCUUUUUCUAGAAACAGAGUCAAUUAAAACUCAUUAGUGAACUG